AUGUCAUCCGGCACUCACCUUCUCUCGUCCGCCGCGCGCUCCCCUGCGCUCUCCACGCUCUGCGGCAGAAUGCGCUGCAUCUGCUGCGCGCCAAGCGCGUUUUCCGCCGCCCCGCGCCUCUCCCCGUCCCUCUCCGCCACCCCCUCCCCCUCCGCGCGGAAAAUCACGCGCUCCUCCGCGCACAGCCUGCGCUCCGCGUUUCUCCCCCCAACCCUGGGAUUCCCCCGCAGCAGCAGCCGGCUAUGUGCCCUCGGCGCAACAUCCCCCGCUACAGUCCCCUUCUCCGCACUCCCCGCGGGCGCUACCGGGGGGCGCGCACGGAGGCUGGCGGUGGAGGCGCGGGGGAAGAAGAAGGGCGCGGAGGAGGGGGGCGCGGAGCAGGAGGGGGGCAAGUACAAGGGCACGGUGUGUCUCCCCCAGACGAGCUUUGGCAUGCGCGCCAACGCGAGUGUGAGGGAACCGGAGAUUCAGAAGCUGUGGGGGGAGCUGGACGUUGCGGGGAAGCUGCUGGAAACAAACCCGGGGGAGCCAUUCACGCUGCACGAUGGGCCGCCAUACGCCAAUGGCGAUCUGCACAUCGGCCACGCGCUCAACAAGAUUCUCAAGGACUUCAUCAACCGCUACCAGAUGCUGCGCGGGCGCAAGGUGAAAUUCGUGCCGGGGUGGGACUGCCACGGGCUGCCCAUCGAGCUCAAAGUGCUACAGUCAAUGGACAACAAGGCCAGGCAGGGCCUAACCCCCAUCAAGCUGCGCAAGAAAGCAGCCCAGUUCGCCUUAAAAACGGUCGACAAGCAGCGGGAAGCCUUCCGGCGCUACGGCGUGUGGGCGGACUGGGAGCAUCCCUACCUCACCCUGCGACCCGCCUACGAAGCGGCUCAGCUAGGCGUGUUCGCCCGCAUGGUGUUGAAUGGUCACAUUUACCGCGGCAGGAAGCCCGUUCACUGGAGCCCGUCUUCUCGCACCGCCCUCGCCGAGGCUGAGCUUGAGUACCCAGACGUGCACGUGUCUCGAAGCAUCUACACCACCUUCCCGCUGCGCUCACUCUCCUCCUCCCUACCACCCUCCCUCGCCCCUCUCCUCCCAUCGCUCGCCCUGGCCAUCUGGACCACCACGCCCUGGACCAUCCCUGGCAACGCCGCUGUUGCUGUCAACGAGAGAAUCUCCUACUCCGUUGUUGAAAUCGGCCCCCCUGCUGCUGCCGCUGAUGCUGCCGAUUCUGCUGCUUCUGCUGCUGCUGCUGCUGCCGGUGCUGGUUCCGCUGCUGCUGGUGAUGCUGCUGCCGCUGCCGCUGCUGCUGCUUCUGCUCCGACCUUUGGCAAGGGAAAACGGAACACUGGCUCUCUCCUCUCCUCCCUCUCCUCUUCUGUUGGUGAUGCUGCUGCCGCUGCCGCCCCUCCCACCACGCGCCACGUCAUCGUGGCCACCGACCUCAUCCAAUCCCUGCAGGCCACGUGGCGCUGCUCCCUCACCCCAGUCGCCACCUUCCCCGGGUCCCACCUCGAGGGAUCCACCUAUCAGCACCCGCUGGACGGCAGGAUUUGUCCCGUAGUGAUUGGCGGCGAAUACAUCACCACGGAAUCCGGCACGGGAUUGGUGCACACGGCGCCAGGGCAUGGGCAGGAGGACUAUGCAACGGGGCUUAAGUACGGUCUAGAGUUAAUCUCCCCCGUGGAUGAUGAGGGGAGGUUUACUGCAGAAGCUAAAGGCGGGGAAUUUGAGGGGUUGAGCGUGCUGGGGGAAGGCAACGCGGCUGUGAUGACUGCACUCAACGGAAAUGGAGCGUUGCUGCUGGAAGAGGCGUAUGAGCACAAGUACCCGUAUGACUGGCGCAGCAAGCAGCCCACCAUCUUCCGAGCCACAGACCAGUGGUUUGCCUCGGUGAACGGCUUCAAGGAGGAGGCUCUAGAGGCCAUCCGAGGAGUGCAGUGGUUCCCUCCCCAGGGCGAGAAGCGCAUAACAGCCAUGGUGGAGGGGCGGUCCGACUGGUGCAUCUCACGGCAGCGGUCCUGGGGUGUGCCCAUCCCCGCCUUCUACCACAUUGAGACGGGCGAGCCACUUCUCACCCAGGAGACCAUCGCUCAUGUUCAAGCCAUUGUAGCAGAGAAGGGCAGUGACGCGUGGUGGGAGUUGGACGUAGCGGACCUGCUGCCCCCAUCGCUGCGGGACCAGGCAGCGCAGUACCGCAAGGGCUCUGACACCAUGGACGUCUGGUUCGACUCCGGCUCCUCCUGGGCCUCCGUCCUCGCCCCCUCCUCUGCCUCUGCUUCCUCUUCCUCUUCCGCUUCCUCUUCCGCUUCUGCCUCGCCUUCUGCCUCCCCUGGUUCUGAUACCAACGGAGCCGCUUCACACAACAGCUCUGGCUCCAGUGCAGCAAGCACUACCAGCAGCAGGGCAGAGCUCAACUUCCCAGCGGAUCUGUACCUGGAGGGCAGCGACCAGCACAGGGGGUGGUUCCAGAGCUCGCUGCUGACAGGCGUGGCGGCUGCCGGCACGGCGCCGUAUAAGGCCGUGCUGACACACGGGUUUGUGCUGGACGAGCGCGGCAUGAAGAUGAGCAAAUCGGUCGGCAAUGUGGUGGACCCUCUCACUGUGAUCAACGGGGGGAAGAACCAAAAGACCGAGCCGGCAUAUGGUGCAGACGUGCUAAGGCUGUGGGUGGCAUCGGUGGACUACAGUGGCGACGUGGUGAUCGGGCCAUCUAUCGUGAAGCAGAUGAGCGAUGUGUACCGCAAGCUACGAGGCACCCUGAGGUUCCUGCUUGGCAACCUGCAUGAUUAUGAGCCCUCCGAGGCAGUCCCCUAUGCCAACCUGCCCGCCCUGGACCGCUAUGCACUGCGUCGCCUGGCAGACGUCAUGCAGGACGUGCAGCAGAGCUACGAUGAUUUCCAGUUCUACCGCUUCUACCAGCUCAUACAGCGCUUCGCAGUGGUGGACCUCUCCAACUUCUAUUUCGAUGUCUGCAAGGACAGGCUCUAUGUGGGAGGCCAAGACCACCUCACAAGGAGGGCGUGUCAGACAGUCCUAGCACACCAUCUCACGGCCUUCCUGGCAGCCAUCGGCCCUGUGCUGCCCCACAUGGCUGAGGACGCCUGGCAGAACCUUCCCAGCAACUUCCCCCGGCCCGUUCCCUCCAUCUUCCAAAUGCCAUGGCCCAAGCCGGAAGCUGAUUGGCUGUCGUUCGGGGAUGCUGAGCUGGCGACGUGGGCCACGCUCAUUGAGCUGCGUUCGGAGGUGAACAAGGUGAUGGAGCGAGCACCCCUCUCCGACUCCCCCGCUUCCAGCACCGCAGCAGCCACUGGCAACACAGCAGCAGCAGAGGAGGAGAGGGAAGGCAGCGGGCAGAAGGGGCUGAAGGAGCUGCAAGCAGUGGACAGCCUUCGGACGGUCUUCCUCUCCUCCCAGGUCCACGUGCUUCCCUCGGAGUCAGAUCUCGCUGCGCUCGGCCUGGAAUUCUCAUCUGACGUGGAGGUGCAGUGGAACGGGGAGGCUGCACGUGUGCUGGUGGCGGUGGGAGGGCUGCGGGCGGCAAGUGCGAGCGCUGCUGGAAUUUCUCGCAGGCGGUUGGGUCGUUUGUAG